GCCCGCGGCCGUGUUGAGUGGCGGGGGGGCGGUCGGUGGAGCGGCUCUUCGGGCGAUGUCGGCGCUGGAAUGGUUCGCGCACAAGCCCUUGGGCGGCGGUAUCUUCUGGAUCCAAGAGCGGUUCUACGAGUCGGGCAACCGGGCGAACAUCUGGUUGGUGCGGGGCUCGCAGCGAGACGUGGUGAUCGACACCGGGCUGGGGCUGCGCAGUUUGCCCGACUACCUACGGGACGCCGGGCUGCUGGGCACGGAGACGGAGGGGUCCGGGCCGAGGCCGCUGUUGGCUGUUGCUACCCACGUCCAUUUCGACCACUCGGGCGGGCUGCAGCACUUCGAGGAGGUGGCGGUGCACAGCGCUGAGGCGGCGGCCCUGCUGCGGGGUGACAACUACGAGGCUGUCACCUGGCUGUGGGAGGGGGAGGUGGCGAGGCCGCCGCGGCCCGGCUGGAGGGCCCGGCAGUUCCGCGUCCCGCCCGUCCGGCCCACCCGCCUGCUGCAGGAGGGGGAUGUGAUCAGCCUUGGAGACCGAGACCUUACUGUCCUGCACAUGCCUGGCCAUUCGAGAGGCAGCAUUUGUUUACACGACAAAGACAGGAAGAUUUUGUUCAGUGGAGAUGUGGUGUAUGAUGGAUCCAUGAUCGACUGGCUGCCCUACAGCAAAAUCAGUGACUACGUUGCAAGCUGCCAGCGCCUCAUGGAGUUGGUGGACAGAGGUCUGGUGGAAAAGGUACUCCCUGGGCAUUUUAACAUAUUUGGGGCAGAAAGGCUGUACCGGUUAGCUUCCAACUACAUUUCACAAGCUGGGUUUUGUCACAAGGUUUCCACUUGUGCCAUGAGGUCCCUGGCGAGCAUAGCUCUCCGUGUCACAAAUUCCAGAGUCACUUCCUAGUGACUUUGUUUUUUGGUGUGGUCUGUUCCCUACUGGAAAACCAAAUGGCUUGUGGAAAUGUUGAUGCAAGGAAAAGCAGUAAGCGUUAGUAAAGGUGGUAAACUGGUACAGAUAAGCUGAAAAAAUUCUCCCUAUUUUUUUCCCCACUCUAUUCCUAUUUUUAUAAAAAGUACAUAAGCUAGUAGCUUUAGCAAAACCUAGCAUUUUUCUUUCUAUUUUAUUCAGAGCACGUUUGCACAUUUUGUGAUUGAGAUAUAUUGAUUUAUUUUUGUUAUGAUCUGACAGAUGUAUGUAUGCCAAAAUAAGAGGUUUUACAUUCAUGCCUGAAAACUUGUUGAUGUAGCACUAAAUUUGUGACUAUUCACCCCACUAUUUGGCACUUCAGGAUACACUGUAGUGGGAAUAGUGUUUUUUUUUUUUCUGGGUCGACAGUUGGACUUGAUGACCCUAGAGGUCUUUUCCAGCUGUGAGAAUUCUGUGAUUCAAGUCCUGCUCAGGUUUUGGCCUCACACAGCUUGUGCUAAGACCUGGUGUGUGCUGGGAGCAGCACCAUUAGGUCACAGCAACACCUGCACAGGGUUCAGAAAAAGAUAAGGGCCAAUCUGCAGCCAUAGCCACCUGCUCAGUGUCUGCUGCACCACUCAUCACCUGCAGAGUAGCUGUCUGGCAGGUUUAGAACCCACUAGUGUGUAGAAAUGCUAUAGACCAAACUUCCCUGAUGGAAAAUGUAUAGAUCUAUCAGCUUACCCCAAAAUCUGUAUCUUUUGAUACAGAUCCAACAGCAGAUGGGCUGGUGGGGCCUUUCAUGCUUCUUGGUGCAGUGCAGGGGAUGCCUGCUGCCCCAUGACAGAGGAGCAAGAAUGAGCACUCUCAUUCUGUUUUGCUUACAGCUCUGGAAAUUAGGAAUCAGAGAAUUUGUGGACUAAUAAAUUCCUGUGUUAGACUAGUUUGUACAAAGUGGACUGAGCCUUUGCUUGGUGUGUUUUUUUUCUCCUGAUGAGCUCAUAAAAGAAAAUUCUGUACACAGUAGGUUCUGUCAAUUUGAGAGAAAUGGAAAUUUGAGAGAAACUUAAAGGCUGUAUUUGCAUUGAAGAGUAUUUUUAUGUGACUGGAUUGUAACUUGGUUGUUAAUGCUCUGUGGGAGGGUAAGGAUGAGGCUUUAAUGUGAACUUGCCCUACUGCAGGUGCUGGAUUAAACAGCCAGUACAUUUGUUGCCACAAUGUGAAUGUAACUUAAACUGUUUACUGUUUGCAUAUGAGGUGUUUGGUGUGUAUGGUUUUCAUGAAAAGUGAACUGCAGUCCUAUCACUACCUGACAUCUAAAAAAAGUUUAAUACAUUAAGGAAUGCAAAAUGACAUUGUAACUUGCUUAUGAGAAUUGAAUGUGUGAUUUUAAUGUUGAAAUGGCUAAAUUUUGUGUCAUUAUUCUAACAGUAUAUAUAUAGAUAUAUUUAAUUUUUUUUAAAGGACACUGUCUGAUGUUAUUUUUGUAUGCAUACUUCCCUAAAAAGAAUGCAAACAUUUUUUUCCAAAGUUUUAGUGGAGCUAAACCUUAUUUAUUUGGAUUUCACUUUAUGGAGGGAAGCUUUUUUCUCCCUAUUUAUCUUAAAAACCAGAAAAGGACCCCAAAGUUUGGGCUCUAAGUUAUGGGGGAGUGAAAAUAGAUAGCCUUCUUAAUUAGUAUAAAGUCUUGUGAGAAAAACAGAACAAAACCAAACUGUUGCAAAAUGAAAGCAUCUGUGUCUAAAAAUUAUGAAACAAAAUAUGUUUAUGUAAUGGUUUUCUGCUGUCACAGACCAAUUCACUCCUGCCUUUACUGAAUAUAUUCUUUACUAGGAUUUCUGCAGGUUGUGAUGUGCCUAGUUCUUGUUAGCAGUGCCUAUCUCCAAGCUGAAGAAAAAUUGUAAGUGGGCAGGACAGGUGUAGCAAUGCAAGACCUGUUACCACUCAGAUCACAGUCUCUUUUUUUGGAGGAAUCCAAGUGUAUCAGUAAAUUACAUGAGGAGUGUUUAAUCAGUGGGAAGACUCCUGUCAUAAAUAAAGCUAAGAGCUUUUUAUCUUGGACUCAUUUGGCCAGAAGAAAGGCAGAAGCUUAGCAUGGGAAGCAAAAAAGCCAAUGAAGAGGCCCAGAAUAAACUCCGUGGUGUUGCUCUUUACUUAGCAGUCCAGAGGCUGUUUUUGAUGACCAAGGGUUCACAGUGGGUAGUCACAGAUCUGAAGUGACAGGUGGGAAAGUCAGAAUGUCUGAAGAAAUACAUAGGAGUAAAUCUUAAACCAGUAGUCCACAUGAAGCCAUGGUGUCUCUGAUUACCCAAGAGUAACUGAGUUCCUUCAAAGUAGACAUCUGUGCCAUAAAACCAGAAGCAGCCUUGCUUCUGUGAGGACAGCAGUGGUGGUAAUCCCGAGCAGUAACAUGGAUGGAGAGACCUCUUCUGUCACAAACCCUGCCUCUCUGUAUGCCAGUCACUAAAAUUCUACAAAAGUUGUUUGGGAGAGUGAGAUCACGUUGAUUUAGCAUUUUGUGCUAUGCCACUUAUCAGCUUGGAAGUUUGAUUAUUCAUCCUGUAGCCAAAGUUUACUGUACUUUAAAACUUGAGCUCCUGAGAGUAGGCUCACAGGCAUGUCUAAGUAAAGAUGACCUCUGUAAUUUGUGUUUGAGUCAGUGCUCAGUAGCAGCUACAAGAUCCUUAAAAUGCUCCAUGCCCUAUUAAGCCAUGCUUAAGUUCAUUAAGUAGUUGAAGUUGGCAGCAAUUGCCUGUUGGUUUUUUCUUGUCCAGAAUCUUGGGGAUAAUUUCUUAGCUCAGAAGUGAGCUUUAUGUGAGCAUAGCCCUAAAUAGGGCAUGUUUGUAAACUGCUGCUAUAAUCCAGUUGGAAGUACUUUUUUGAGAGUCUUAGAAUUAUUUUUGUAUUGUAAGAAAUUGACUACUAGAUAAAUGCUAUGUCUUAAAGAACUGCCUUUGCCUAUUUUUGUUAAGAGUUUUCAAGUUUUAGUCAUGAAUGUGACAGUGUCCCUUUAACACUCCUUGGAUUAAAUAUUUAAAACAUGCAUUUUAAGUUUAAAUAUUCUAACAUUUUCAGUAUUUAGAACUGCACUGAUAUGUUUGUAAAAUCUAAUAGUUUUCAGAAGACUGGGAAGCUGGUAAAAAAACCCAGGAAUUUUUUCUCCCUGUAAUCUGUCAAGACUUUUGUCAUGUUAAACAACAGUUUACAUAUACAUCGUUUUAUCAUAGAUAAACAUAAUAAAAAAUGUUGUAAUCC